CUCUUAAACAUUGAAGUAAACUUUGAGCAUCCGUGGUGUUUUUGUCAAUGUGCUACAUUUACUAAAACUAGAGAGUCAAUAACAAACAAAGUUCCAACUACAGUUACUGAAAUGACAACAAUUGAACUAAACAUUAGGAAACAUAACUUCGGGAGCUGCAAAGAUAAAUUUGUUGCGAUUCUUCAUGGGAAUCCCAUCAGAAUCAUCGUUUUUAAGCAGGGAUCCUCCAGUAUAGCGACUAGUGUAUCAAGUGAACACAUUCAAAAUGUUUAAAAUCGCUCUGUUGUUGGCUGCAGCCUUAGCUGUCUUAUCGGUAGUGUCCGCCCAGUUCGGGGGUGGUUACGGAGGCCCAGGCGGUUACGGCGGUUACGGUGACUACGGUCGAGGCGGUUACGGGGGCUGGGGAGGACGCGGCUACGGUCAACGAGGGUUCGGUAACCAAGGAUAUGGCUGGAACCGCUACGGAGGCGGUUAUGGCGGUGGAUACGGGGGAUUCGGUGGACUCGGUGGAUACGGACGCUAGUAGUACUACGAUAUUAGUG